AUGCCAAGUUGUAUCAAACGAUUGGAUUUGGGAGGAAGAGAUGUUAUAGAUGAAUUGCUGAAACGAUUGAUGGAGAGAGGAGCGUUGUCAUCCAUGAACAAUAAUGACAACAAAAAUAUGAAUCAUUAUUAUCAAUGUCAUGACCAAGUUAAAAAGAUCAAAGAAAAAGAAUGUUCUAUCAUGAAAGAGACACCACGUAUGAGAUCACACCAAUGUGAUGAUAUGAUGUCCUCCUCAACAUUCAAUCGAUUUAAAUCAAGCUCUUCAUUCAAACAGUAUGUCCUCCCAGAAGGUGGUGUCUUGCAACUUUGUGAACGAGAUUUACAGGAGUGUGGAGAGAUCAUGUUUCGACCAGAACGUUUCUUGCAAAUUGGCACUUCAGCUGACAAUUUGACAGGCUUGAGAGACUUAAUUGUCGAAGCCGUGAACGAUGCUGCAGUCGAUUGUCGAAAGGAUUUAUUCGGCAAUCUUGUAUUGAGUGGAGGAAACACUCUCAUGCCCAACAUGACUGAUCGUGUGAGCAUGGAGGUGAUCGAAAGAGUUCCUGCUACUAUAAGAAUCAAGGUAGUUGCUCCUCCUGAAAGACUCCACUCAGCAUGGAUUGGUGGAUCUAUUCUGACCUCUCUUUCUACUUUUCAACCACAAUGGAUAACACGAGGAGAAUAUCAUGAAGUUGGACCUUCUGUUGUGUUUAGAAAAACACUUGUGUAA